UUUGUGUCCGCGCGGGGGCCGUCGGUCCGGGACGACUGUUGAGUCCGGGGUCGAAGGCGCCGGCUGGCCCCCGUCUGUCGGAGACAGGACUGGCCUUGUGUGCAUCGGAGGCCGAGGCAGGUGGUGCUCAGGUCCCCGAGAAGGAGCGAGAGUCAGCUUGACUGUCCUGGUCCCCUCAGUCGGGGUCCCUCGGGCGCGCGGUCCCGGAGGCAACCUUGACAGUGGGAGCCACUGCAUUUGCUUCUCCGGGACACACGGAGGGAAAAAUAAGAUACCCUGAAGAAGAGCCUGACCCAAAGCAAAGACUCAAACUGGUUAUGUGGAGAUGCUGAAUCUCCCAAAGGCUUUAAAACUUGGGGAUACCUUUCCUUUGGCUGGAGACUCAGGACGAGCAGAGAGAAACACCACUCUCACCUCAGUGAGGCUGGCAGCAAACGAUGGCUAGGGAACCGAGUGAAGCCACAGCUCUGGAUGCCCGUUCUGCAGAGGACCAAAUGGGACUUCUGGUUGUGAAGGUGGAGGAGGAAGAGGCCUCUGCCGGGGUGGAGGAGAACAAUGUGCCAGGCCCAGAGUGUGCCCGCUUGUGUUUCUGCGCCUUCCGCUACCCUGAGGCUGCUGGCCCUCAAGAGGCCCUGGGCCGGCUCCGAGAGCUCUGCCAUCAGUGGCUGCAGCCAAAGACCCACAGCAAGGAGCAGAUCCUGGAGCUGCUGGUGCUGGAGCAGUUCCUGGCCGUCCUGCCUGAGGAGCUGCAGGCCUGGCUGCGCACACAGCACCCAGGGAGUGGGGAAGAAGCUGCAGCACUGCUAGAGUUUUUGGAGGAACAGCUGGAGGAGUUGCCACUGCAGGACCCAGAUGAUGAGGGACAAGCACUUCUGUGUUGCAAGGUGGGACUGGUGACAGCGGCCCAGUGGUCUCAGAGCAGCCAAAUCCAGGCAGGGAAGCCUCUGCUCAAGCAUGAAUCUCGAUGCUCGUGGCCCUCACAAGAAACAGUUGCCUGGGGAGGCAGCUGCAGAGAAGAUGCAGUGGCAGCUGACAGGCUUCCCCCAGAGUCCCAGAGGUUGCUGAAAAUGGAAGACAUGGCCCUGACUCUCUCCCCUGGGAGGACACAGCUAGGGCCUUCUCAGGUGAACCUUUGCAGAAAUGAAAGGCAGCAGAGCUGUGGCCAGCCUGGCUCCCUGGGUGGUGAAAUGCAGGCUAAGAUCAGGGGCUUGUCUCCAGCUGAGGAGCAUCCAGGACAAGAUCCUGGGCGGACUCCCUGCCACCUGGGUGAGGACACUGCCCAGGAUCCUGCUUGUGCUGAAGCUGGCAAACAGGAAGACAGGUUACAAAGAAAGCAGAAAAAUGCUCCAGCGAGCAGGCGGCAUGUUUGCUAUGAAUGUGGAAAGAGUUUUGCUCAAAGUUCAGGUCUGACCAAGCACAGGAGGAUCCACACCGGAGAGAAACCCUACGACUGUGAAGACUGUGGGAAGACCUUCAUCGGGAGCUCUGCCCUGGUCAUUCACAGAGUCCACACAGGAGAGAAGCCAUAUGAGUGUGAAGAGUGUGGGAAGGCCUUUAGUCACAGCUCAGACCUUAUCAAACACCAGAGAACACACACGGGAGAGAAGCCCUACGAGUGUGAGGACUGUGGGAAAACCUUCAGCCAGAGCUGCAGCCUCCUUGAACAUCACAGAAUUCACACUGGGGAGAAGCCAUACCAGUGCACCAUGUGUGGCAAAGCCUUUAGGCGGAGUUCACAUCUCCAGAGACACCAGAGGAUCCAUCGUGACAGAAAUGAACAGGAGCUUUGGCUUGGAGAGGCCUCAGAAGGUCAGGCUAGAAUGGAAAGUCAAUGGGAAAAUGUCGAAACUCCUGUGUCUUAUAAAUGUAAUGAGUGUGAAAGAAGUUUCACUCAGAAAAUAGGACUUAUUGAACAUCAAAAAAUCCACACUGGUGACAAAUCCUAUCAGUGUGAUGCAUGUGGAAAAGGCUUCACACGAACUUCAUACUUCACUCAACAUCAGAGGAGUCAUGUAGGCAAAAAAAAACUUCUGUCACAGUGACUCAUUGUAUGCAUAGCAAAGUUGGUGCUCAUUUGUCUUUAAACUGAAGCUCCCUGGAGCCUUGCUGCCUACAGAAUUUGUUGGGGUUUUUUUGCUGAAAUACUUUUAUGGGUACAUUUUAGGUAUAUAAUACAUUUACAAUUAUCAUUGGGUGCUUGUACCUGUACAUGAUGUAGCUUGGU